CUUGACGGCAACCAAGCUGAACCAGAUCUGAGCAUCGAAAACACAAGUUGGGAGAGAGGUAAAUUUUGCUUCCUUGAGAUUUGCUGGAAAACUCUGCCGCCCUUUGCUGGUUCGUGGUUUACGCAAGUAAAGAAUCUUAAGAAACAAGGCUCAAGAAGAUUCUACCAUGGCUACUCCCACGAAAACUAUCAUUGCCACAACCGACCAAUCACCACCUCCCACCGUCAACAGAGAAGUUGUCAUAGUAACGUCUAUCCUAAUUUUCAUCCUUGGGUUUGUUGGGAAUGCCUUCAUCUGCUUUGGAUUCUGUCGUUUUCGUCAGCUGCGCUCCCUUACCAACUAUUUCGUGCUGAACCUCUCCAUUGCAGAUCUUCUGUUAGUGACGGCUCUCGCAGGAUGGAUUAUACACGAUCUCCGUGGGAAUCCACCCGAUGAAAAGAUUCUGAUCGUACUUCUCAUCAAUAUCGACGUGUUGUGUUUCUCGACAUCGAUGCUCAACAUGAUGACAAUCAGCUUGGACAGGUACUGCGCCGUUGUCUAUCCUCUCCAAUACCCACAUAUUAUUACAAAGUCACGUGCUUGCAUCGCUACUUUCCUUAUUUGGGCGUACUCUUUAGCCAUGGCGGGUAUUGGUGUGAGUCGAUUUUUCACGGACGCGAUGGAAAAUUCCGACAAGAUAUUCUUGUCUGUGUUAAGUACCGUCAAUUUUGUGAUCCCGGCUGUGGUGAUGGUUCUCACGCAUUUAAGCAUCUUUAGAAUUGCUUGGAAUGCAAAGCAACGAUCGAUGGCGGAUCUUGGCGGUAUUGAAGGGGUGCAUAACAUGAAGGAAUUGCUCCUAAGCCUGAAAAUCUCCUUCAACACACUCGUCAUCUUGUUUCCCAUGGUAACGGCGUGGGGCAUUUUUUACGGAAUAACGGUUUCAGAGACACUCUGGCCGACCCAGAUUCAACUUUCCGCAGGGUUUUCCAUCGCCGUUGGUCUUCUGCCGCAUAUAGCAGCUGCCAUCGAUCCCAUUGUCUACAUACUCGUCACACGUGACUUGCGCAGGAAAUUGUGUCAUUUUUAGAAACGACUGAAGGAAAAACGCGAAACCCUCAAAACAUUUUACCAUGAGAAAAUAUGUUUUCCCAAUUACUAAUUUGAGCAUAUUGAAUUUGUGAAUAUGCGUGACAAUGCUGAGCUGUGCGUGAAUUUCAGUAAGUGCAAGCUUGCUUGUAGUUUGAUGGGUUGUGCCGUAUUUUGACCAGACAGCAAAUGAGUCAAAAAUACAAACAAUGAGUAGAAAUACUACGCGCCAAAACGUCCAAUAAGUUAUUAAUUAUUCAAAUUCUUUAGUUUAUGCGCAUUUCUUAUAAGGCGAGAAAAGCGAAGCAGAUGGAAAAGCGUAGCGCGAGCGGGUUUUUUGACAUAACAUAAAAUGAUCAACUGUCCAAAUAUCGCGUUAUUUGUGUUCUACUUAGUGCAGUUGGAUGAUAUGGACGAAGUACUUUAUUUCCAUGUUACUAGGGAGAUAAUGGAGAUGAGAUGGAGUUAAGUUUUGGAUUGGGUGUUGAACUUUUUUGUUACUUUGUUAGUUUUGCACUCUUGUACAUCACUGAUAGCGGAGCUCGCAGCGCUCAUAGCGAAGAUUCAUACUUACAAUAGUGGCAAUGCAACAUCUUAGAUCCCCUUCUAUAAUAGGAGAAAUCUUAAAUUUUGCUAUGUAAUCCUAAGAUUCCCAGAGAGAUAGAGGAAAUAUUGUAAUUGAUAUCAAUGAGAUGUGUAUCAGCACGCUAGCUGCUAUGUAGUCUUGUUGUCUUUGAUGUCACGUUGUUUUUGUGCAGAAUGCUGUCGAUAGCGCUAGCCUUUAUGAGGUUAUAUUCAUAGCCCAGGAUGUUGUUCUCAUGGAAAUCCGCGUUUAACUUCAAUUUCAAAGCAGCAAAGUACAAAUACAUCAGUUCAGUAUUAAAGUUAUCUGCACAAUGACAGAAA